UACUUGAAAAAAUACAGUCGAAGAAGUCGGUGGGACGCAUAUCCCCAGACUUUCUAGUAGCCUAUGAUAACUGCAACCGCAGUCUUUAUGUAUCUUUUGAUGGUGCAAAACCCGUCUAUUGCAUAGAAGAGAUGACUGUCAAAAGAAACGUGCAAGUAUCCAACGCUAUGCUGUAGUCGUACGGUCAGACAGAGACCGCUGGUGACUGCUGCAAGCAUGAAUCCGGACUGUAGUACGUGGGUCUUCGAGUCGACGUUACAGGAAAAUGAAGUUCAUUUGCAGAAGUUACAGGCUGAUGAAGUAGAGUUGUGCCAGACCCUGAGACUGCAGGUAGAAGAUCUCCAGAAGAGGCUUGAGGAGAAAGACAACAAACUCACUCAGGCGAACGAGGUGAUCAGAGCACUGAGGGAUGAGGUGCAGACACUGCAGCAACAGCUGGAGCAGCGCAGACGGAAGUACCGUGACGACGUAAUUGGACAGAGAGGCUGGCAGUGCCAGUGUGGAGGAGGAAAUGACAUCACUGCAUUGACAACAACUACCCUCCCAGACUGUCAUCCUUGUGAGCCAGAGACUGGUUCCUCAGAAGCAGGAACAUCACAGGAGGACCAGGAUGUUACAUCACAGGAUGUUGCAUCAAAGAACACUCUGUUCUGCCCUCCUCUGGAAACUAGCAUUGGUGCUGAGGUAUGUGAGAUCCCACCAAACAUCUUCCUGUCCUGUACCUCGGAGGACGACCCAGCAAAUGUUUCAAUGCCUCCUGAUGACGUCAUGCUGACAUCAGCACAGGAACUGGAGGAACACCCGGCAGAUGAUCUUCCACUGUCUCCUGGUGAUGGUACACGGACAUCACCACGACAACUUGAGGAUGACCCAGCAGAUGUUCCACUGUCUCCUGGUGAUGGUACACGGACAUCAUCGAAGGAACUGAAACUUGAGGAUGACCAAGCAGAUGUUCCAUUGUCUACUGUUGAUGGUAAGCUGACAUCAUCACAGCAACUGGAAGAUGACCCAGAAGAUGUUCCACUGUCUCCAAGUGAUGAUACACGGACAUCACCACAGCAACUGAAACUGUGUGUGGUGUCAGUGGAGCUACAAGACUGCCGUGACAUGCUGGGGCCUGAUGGAGUUUUUAAGAUGCGAACCUCAGAGGACCUCAGAGAUGACGGUGAAAAUGAUGAUGAUGAUCUAAGUUAUCAAGAUGAUGCCGACGUGGAUUACAGCCCGAAAAAUGAAGGAUUCAACAUCUGCUCAAAGGCUGGAGAACUGUUGUCUGCAGCCGAGGAGAGCAUCGCCGAGCCUGAGGGGGAACAGAAGAGGCAGAGCAGGGGAGGCAUGAGAGUCAAGGCGAAAAAAAGAAUUGACACCAAAUGUCACAAGUGUACAGAAUGUGGAGAGACAUUUUCAUAUCUUAGUUGGCUAGCUCAACACCUAAGAAGAAAGCAUGCCAGAAGAAAGCCCUCCACUGCCACUCCACAUGGAAACGUUUCCACCAACUCUCCACAUGAAAAUACACCCAAUGAUUCUCCUCAUGAAACUACACGAGGUGUUGUUCAGAAAGAUUAUCACCCGGAGAGAAAUGGAAGGACUUCUAAAGGAAGAAAAAAGCAAACCAUAGAGGACGUGAGCGAUGAGGGUGACGAUGAUGAUGAUGGCGACAAAGAUGACGAUGAGUGUCAUCAGGAUGGUGAUGAUGAUGAUGACGACAGUGAUUACGACCCAGGAACCGAUGAGUCCAUUGAACAUGAUGUAUGUGAGAAAACUCUGCCAACUCCACAAACUCAUGUCAGUCACAAAAAAGUCCACACAGAUAGACCUAAACAAGGAACUGAAAGAAAAGGUCCUCCUUGGGAAUGUGAUGUAUGUGGGAAAAUACUUAAAAAUAAGCGGAAUCUUAUUAUUCACAAACGACGGCACACUGGUGAAAAGCCUUAUGCUUGCAAACACUGCGACAUAACUUUCAGACAUUACAGUGCUUAUUUCAAACACCAGAAAACACAUUCAGACGAGCCACAUGGUCUGCCCAAAAUGGGGAAACCAGCUGAAAAGGUGACUGAAAGAAAAGGUCCUCCUUGGGAAUGUGAUGUAUGUGGGAAAAUACUUAAAAAUAAGUGGAAUCUUAUUAUUCACAAACGACGGCACACUGGUGAAAAGCCUUAUGCCUGCAAACACUGCGACAUAACUUGCAGUCCUCCUUGGGUAUGUGGAAAAACGUUUACCCGAAAGUCAAGUCUCAUCAGGCAUAAACAACUGCACAGAGGUGAAAAGCCACAUUCCUCCACUGACUCUACACAUGAAAACGGAUCCACUGACUCUACAUGUAAAGACAAAUCCAAAUCCACUGCUGCACCUCAUGAAAACACCUCCACCAUCUCUCCACAUGAAAACACACCCAGUGAGUCCCCACAUGAAAAUCCAAAAGGUCUCGUCCAGGAAGAUUAUCACCAGGAGACCAAUGGAACGACUACAAAAGGAACAAAGAUUCAAACUGAAGAGGACUUCAGCGAUGAGGGUGAUGAUGAUGAUGAUAAUGAUGAUGACGACGACAGUGAUUACAACCCAGAAACCGAUGGAAUGCCUACGAAAGGAAAAAAGAUGCAAAUCGACGAGGACGACAAUGAUGAUCAAUGUGAUCAAAAUGAUGAUGAUGACAGUGAUAACGACCCAGAAACCGAUGAAAUGCAUAUGGAAGGAGAUAAGUCCACUGAACGUGAUGUGUGUGGGAAAACUCUUCCAACUCCACAUACUCAUGUCAGUCAGAAAAGCGAUGGAUCACAUCAAGGAACACAUCAAUGUGACAUCUGUGGAAAACUGGCUACAUGUCGGGCGAAUCUCAAUCAACACAAGAGGAUACACUCAGAUGACCGGCCUUAUGCUUGCAAACUCUGUGACAAAACUUUCAAAUAUAAAGGCAAUUUAACAUCUCAUCAGAUAGUUCAUAUGGAAGGAGAUAAGUCCACUGAACGUGAUGUGUGUGGGAAAACUCUUCCAACUCCACAUACUCAUGUCAGUCAGAAAAGAGAUGGAUCACAACAAGGAACACAUCAAUGUGACAUCUGUGGAAAACUGGCUACAUGUCGGGCGAAUCUCAAUCUACACAAGAGGAUACACUCAGAUGACCGGCCUUAUGCUUGCAAACUCUGUGACAAAACUUUCAAAUAUAAAGGCAUUUUAAUAUCUCAUCAGAUAGUUCAUACUAAGGAAAGACCACACAAGUGCUCGCUUUGCCCCAAGGCUUUCACGACUUCGUCACACUUAAAAGUACAUAUCAGAAAACAUAAGGGAGAAAAACCCUAUGCCUGCACUCAGUGCUCCAAGACUUUCUAUAACUCAACAGGUCUACGCGGCCAUGAAUUAAGUCAUUCAGAUCACAAACCUUUCUUGUGUCUGGUGUGUGGGCUGAGAGUGAAAACGAAAGCCCAGCUUAAAACACAUGAGUUGAUGCACACUGGAGAGAAGUCAUUUUCCUGUACGCAAUGCAACAAGUGCUUCAGAACAAAAACAGAACUAGUCUUCCACAUAAGAAGCCAUACUGGAGAGAAGCCCUAUAAGUGUUCUUCAUGCGAGCUCAGGUUCACCAGAGACAUGUAUCUCAAACGGCACCAGGUUAUACACACGGGUGAAAAGCCUCACCUUUGCUCUGUUUGUGGGAGGACUUUCAAUCGUGUUGAAGCACUGCGGACCCACCAGAGAGUUCACACUGGAGAGAAACCCUACCAGUGCACCGUCUGUGAGGAGAGAUUCGCCUACCCACAGGCUCUGCAGACGCACCAGAAAAAAGUGCACAACAUUGAAUUCCACAAAUGUCAACAAUGUGGGCAGAGUUUUAAAUCUGCUAAAGCUUUGAAAUCACAUGAGUGUUCACAGGGUGUGAAUUAGGGAUGGGAAUCUUCAUCAACAAAGCAAUAUGAUGCGCAUCUCGAUACAGAUGGCAACGAUACGAUACAUUCACGAUUCAUGAAAUUACCAGUGAUGAGAUGCGAUACGAUUCUCCUACCUACUGCGAUGCAGUUCGAUAUGGCGCGAUGCAAUUAUAAUGCCAUGCGAUGCAGUGCGAUUCGGCACAGAACAGAUUAAAAUAUUAAAUUGAUAUUAAAGGCUGUGCACAAGGCUGCCGUUAGGCAUAAGCAGAGCGCUUGUAGAGCCUCAAUCACUUUGCCCCCAAAAUUGUGGCCUCCUUAAUUGAGACUGACUAAAAAACAUCAUGAAAAAAUAUUUAAUUACAUUUCAAAACAUAUAUUUGUUAGGUAUCAAAAGGGCCAUCAUUUUUCAGGCAUACUGUAAUUUUGAAUACAGGACUUAGCAUUAUUAUUAGUAGUAGCAGUAGGCCUAGUAGUAGUAUUUACUUAUGAGGGGGCCUCCUGACCAGUUAUGCCUAGGCCCCUAAAGCCUUAACAGCGACCCUGGCUGUGCAUAUAAGUUUUGAGAUGGCCUAUACUGGAAAACAUACAGAAAGUAGUGAGAACUCAUUUUGGCUUGGGCACAUUGCUUUGAGCAGAGAAAAUGAAAAAAUAUAUACCUGAAUACUAUGCCAAUUACAGUUUAUCUCUUUUAAAUAAAAAUGGGAAAACCACAGAGCUUCUGCUCAUGUUGGAAUAUUGACAAUUUGACGUGGACAUGUAAUGAUGUACAGGUAAGCUCUGAACAACUACAAUUGAUCCAAAUUAGAACAAUUUAGUAGAUGUUGGGAAUGGGAUUAAUAUCAGAAGGGGGAAAUAACGUGCGUAGGCGAAGUGUUGGAAUAGUUUACUUUUCAACUGGAGUUUUUAAACUUCAUGGACAAUCUGCACUCCAGCGAAAUAUAACAGGCUCCUAAGCAAUGAUGCCAACUUAGCGACUUCACUUCUUUUUUACUGCAUGAACAAAGGACUUAAAACGAAUGCACAGGCUCCAUAACGUUUUCCAACACGGUUAUGUUUUUUUUUUUUUUUAAAUCUCGUGCGCUGACUAUGCUUAGGCUGCUUUCAUUUGGAAACGGCAACAUGUUGGCAGACAGCUUUCUCUUGUUGUUUGUGCCGCGCGGUAGCCUACCCUACAUAUCAACUCAACUAGUGAAGCGAGUACUCUCUCCACACGUCUUCCAGACUCGCAGAAGAGGGUCACUAGAAUCUUUCAUUUACGUAAAAAGUCACCGGAUGACCAGAAAACUUGUUGUAUAUGACAACAAAAUGUGCUCCACAUUGCUGGUCACCAGCCGCUCUGACUCAAAGGAAAAUACUAUUUGCUUGGUCACGCCUCCUCGCACGAGAGGAAAGGCGGUCUGAAUCAGAGCAAGGUGAUGUGCGUUGUGCACGAGAACAUAUCCUGAAAUUGACAGUUUCUAAAAAGUUUUAAGAGAUAUUAUCCGGUUUGUACCGAUGCGGACAGUCAAGAUACGAUGCAUCUCGAUUUUAUUUGCGUUUCUUACCGAUGCAGACGUUUGCAAAUCGAUGCAACCGUACCGUAGGCCUACUGGUCGUAUCGAUUUUCCGAUAUGUAUUGGUAAAUCUUCCAUAGUGUGAAUAGCACCCCAGUAAAUGGGGAGGUGGAUGGAGCAUCUUAAGACAGUACAGCCCAGUAGUGAUGAAAGGUGAAUAAAUGACCUGAGAGCAGAGGUGUGAAAAGUAAACUUAAAAAUAAAUUAAUGGCGUACGUACAACGCUGGCAUUACAGUUGUAAUCAUAAUUAUGUAACCCCCGCAGGAAUUAGGUGUUUUAGCCCGUCUGACAUUCAUUUUUAUGUGUAAUGUGUUGUAAUCAGAAUGAAGGAGGUGUAAAUGAGGCAAAUGCAACAAAUAUUUUCGAAUAUGGUCCAAGUACAGUCAUUUUUGUAGCUAUAAAUUGCCAUUUUUGGAAAUUCAAAAUGGCGGACCAUGGAGAAGGUCCCCCUUUUCAUGUAUGAAAAGUGCAUUUUUUCCAGUGAAUACUUAGAAUUUGAUGCUGGUGGUAAGUAUUCAUGAAAAAGUUGACAUUAGUGAAUGGGCAGCAUGAAUUCUGGAAAUAAACAACUAAAAAUCUCA